GGCUGUUCCUGGUCAGAAGAAAGCCAGGCUCCAGCAGCAACAUGUCUCAGCUGGAAACUGCGAUGGGAAUGAUCAUUGCUGUCUUUGACCAGUAUGCAAAGGGUGAUGGCAACAGGCAAACCCUCUCCAAAGCAGAACUAAAGACCCUUCUGGAAAGAGAACUCCCAAACUUCCUCUCGUCAGGGAAGGACAAGGAUGCUAUUGAGAGAGUCUUCAAGAACCUGGAUGAAAAUGGUGAUUCCCAAGUGGACUUCAAAGAAUUUGUCAUCUUUGUGGCAGCUCUGACUUGCUGCUGUCACCAAUAUUUUGAGCAGAAAGCAGCCAGAUAAUUGUCAAGCUGUUCACAGAAGCCUGUGCUCCAUAUGCUAGUGGUAUGGAUCCCUUCACUUCUUCCACGUACCACCAUGCAGUUUACAAGCAUACUGGGCUGUAAAAAUAAA